CCGCCGCGUAGAGGGCGACCCCGACCCGACACUCUUCCUCCGGCCAGAUAAAAAAACGCACAAAAAAACCCCACACGACGAAGAUAUUCACGGACUGGAGGUCACAGCCUUUUCUACCCACCACUGCAUCACAGGAUUUAACCAUCAAAUGAACUCCGGAGCUGUUUGAUUUCCCUCCAAAAAAAGAGAAAAAAAAAAAAAAAAGGAAGAAGAAGAAGAAGAUGACAGACUUGUUAAAUUGAAGGCAAUUCCCCCUCCCCCCCUUUCUUCUUCUUCUUCUUCUUCUUCUUCUUCUUCUUCUUCUUCUUCCUCUUCUUCUUCUCUACUCGUGGCUGCAUCCGGAGGUCUGGUAUAAAAAGCCUGUCAAGCCCACAGUGGCCACUUUACGAUCAGUCAGGGAGGUCAGACAGGAGGGAGGCUCAGGGUCCGAGGAGACAUUGCUCAGCCCGACUGCAGCGUGUCGUGGUCGUGAGUCGGAUCAGCCGGGUCUCUUCUGUUGUCGUCGCUGCUGCUGCUGCUGUUGCUGUUGCUGGUGCUGCUGCUGCUGUUGGGAGACUUCCUGGGCUUCUUGAGCGGGUCUGAAGGAUGACCGCCGCACGGCUCGCUGCUGAAUCCCGGUGAACGAACGGCGUCUCAUGUCCAAACGGCGGAAAGGAUGGCUCAUGGCAAAGUGACCAUCACGGUGGACGAGUACAGCUCCAACCCCACGCAGGCCUUCACACACUACAACAUCAACCAGAGCCGCUUCCAACCUCCACACGUCCACAUGGUGGACCCCAUUCCCUAUGACACUCCCAAACCAGCGGGACACACCAGGUUCGUGUGUGUGUCGGACACACACUCGCGUACAGAUGGCAUCCAGAUGCCCUACGGCGACGUGCUGCUGCACAUGGGCGACUUCACCGAGCUGGGCCUGCCCUCCGAAGUUAAGAAGUUCAACGACUGGCUAGGCGGCCUCCCGUACGAAUUUAAGGUGGUAAUCGCCGGGAACCACGAGCUGACCUUCGAUAAGGACUUUAUGGCAGAGCUGGUCAAGCAGGAUUACUACCGAUUCCCCUCGGUCUCCAAACUCAAACCAGAGGACUUUGACAAUGUCCAGACGCUCCUCACAAACUGUGUGUACCUGCAGGACUCGGACGUCACCAUAAAGGGAUUCCGGAUAUACGGGGCGCCAUGGACUCCGUGGUUUAACGGCUGGGGGUUCAACCUGCCUCGGGGUCAGUCUCUGCUGGAUAAAUGGAACCUCGUCCCCGAAGGCAUCGACAUCCUGAUGACCCACGGACCUCCGCUCGGUUUUCGAGACUGGGUUCCUAAAGAGCUGCAGAGGGUCGGCUGUGUGGAGCUGCUCAACACGGUCCAGAAGAGGGUCCGACCCAAACUUCACGCCUUCGGAGGCAUUCACGAAGGCUACGGGAUUAUGACGGACGGCUACACGACGUUCAUCAACGCGUCGACCUGCACCGUCAGCUUCCAGCCCACCAACCCCCCCAUCGUGUUCGACCUGCCCAACCCCUCCAGCUCCUGAGACCAGAGGACGGGAGAGGGCGGCGGGCAGGAUAAACUACUUUUUUUUUUCUAUAAAUAUGUCAAGUAAAAAAAAAAAAAAAAUUCUAAGUGUUUCUUUGCAAAACUUUUGGUCUUCUCCAAGCUGUUGUUGAGAUUGAGAAGAUUUGGAGACGUGGGGUCGGGGGGGUGGGGGGUUGAGUUUGUUUGGUGGGGAGUUAAAGGAGAAUACCGGUGUUUUUUAUUUUUUAAAGUUUGUGCCAAUAAUGCUGGUUUCCCUCUCGGAUCAGGGCUUGUUUUCCUCCAGAAGAAGAAAGAUCAUUUUGUCGCCUUUUCCUUCUUGUUCAAUAUGAAGAAACUUUAUUUAGUCCUGAUUUCAUCACGCACAGUUGAGCGUUUUCAUGUCAGAGCUGCAUCUUAAGUCUCUGCUUCAGCUACGGGAAGAAACGGAAACAGCAACCUGAAAAUAAUCCCUCAAAAAAAAAAACGCGUCGCUUUAGCGCAGAACGCCAGAAAAAAGGGGGCACGGUGAUGAUUUAAGAUGACUUUGUUUACUUGUUUCAUGAUUCAGACAUAAGCUGUUCUAAUAGAUUUCUCUUCAUGAUCGCAACACAAACAAAACUAUUUCAUGAGCACAGUAAAACAAAAACAUAAAUAAGUUACACUCUUGUCCUCUUUGGGCUUCCGUAGCUCAGUACACAACCACAUCAGUGUGAAAACAACAAGACACAAGCGUUAAAGUAAACGCAGCACACGAUGCACCAUGAAUUUAGGGGGAAUGUCACAGUGACGCCGGUAUUCUCCUUUUUCUGAGGGAUUUUGUGGUUAAACAAUCUUGCUCUUGAUAAAUAUUGGUCAGAUCUGUAAGAUAAUUGAUGCUUUGUGAAUUUGUACAAUUUCUUUAUGUUUGGUUUGCGUUGGCCGGACAAUGGAUGCCAUUGUUUUAUGUUGUAUCAUCUGAUAUUUUGUGUUUAGGUCUAUUUUUUUUUUGUUUUUGUUUUGUUUGUUUGUUUUUCUCGUCAGUUCCUCUUUUCUUAUUGGCUGACAGGGACGCUGCCUUAAACUAGCUUUAAUGUUCUCAGCUAGAGCCCCCCACUCUCUGCGAGCUCAGAGAAAAGUCCUUAUUUAUUACCCAUCAUCCCCGCAAAAACAACACCUGACUAACGCAGGGACAGAAAGCUAUCGAAUUACAGCCCGAAAAAUUAACUUUGUAACAUCCCGUUAUGGAUCUAAUUUGGAAAAUGUAUGUAUAAAAUAUAUAUAUAUUAUAUAUUCAUGUUGUAAAACAUCUGUACUAAAAGUUGUGUUUGACGAAAAAAAAAGAAAAUCUGGUGCAUUUUUUUUUUUUUUCUGUAUGCACCUGUAUGAUCGACAUGUUUCUUUAACGCUCCCAUCAGACGCUCUUCAGAGGUUUCUUUAAUGUUUUUUGUAUCGACUCUCCCGGUAGGGUAAAUGUUCAUUUUUGGAUGAGAGAGGAAAAUUUAUCAGAGUCACAAUCCAACAGGUGCUGGUUGUCCCCAACAACACGCCUGCCUAAACAUGGUUAAGUUGUCCUUUAAAGUGUAAAUCUGAUAGUAUUUGUGUUUUAUUGCUUUUUUUUUUUUUUUUUUUUUCUAAUUUUGCACUGUGUGUAAAUGCAAUCUUGCUAGCACAAAAAAAAAAAUGUUGCCAAUAGUUGUCUCAACUUUGCCUCUGUAAAUGCUCUUUUCGUGCUCUGUUCCUCUCUCGCUCUUUCUCUGAUUGUAUCCCUCUUCAUGGAAAUGUUAGUUCUCUCUUUCUGUUCAUUGUGAUAUAUUUAGCUGCCUUUAUAUGCAAAUAAAAUUGCAAGAUUUUUACUUAUGAA